AGACGGACUCUUCAAACACAGAAGAAAGAAGACGCAAAUACACAUUCGACGAGAACGAAGGCUUGGUGCGAGCUUCUUCUUCUUCGUCUCCCUCUCCCCUCCGCUGCACCUGGAGAUGAUGAACGUGGGUCCGUCUGGUUUCAACAAUGCGCCGGUGUCCCGAGCGUUCGUCGUCGCCUCCGGCGUCUUCACCGUCUUCUUCGGGAUCAGGGACCGCGCUAACAAGCUCGGAGUGUCUUACCAGGACAUUUUCCAAAAGAUGCAGAUGUGGAAGCUAAUACCAGCAAUCUUUGCCUUUUCUUCAACACCAGAACUGAUUUUUGGCCUUUAUCUGCUCUACUACUUCAGAAUUUUUGAGAGACAGAUAGGUUCUAAUAAGUUCUUGGUCUUUAUUUUGUUCUCUACAAUAGUAUCAAUGGUCCUUCAAGUCCUAGCAUUGGCAGUUGUUAAUGUUCCUUCCUCAAACUUAGUCAGUUCAGGUCCUUAUGCUGUUAUAUUUUCAUUGUUCGUACCCUUUUUCUUUGACAUUCCGGUUUCAACACGAUUUCGGGUGCUAGGCAUCAGCUUCUCUGAUAAAUCUUUCAUAUAUCUAGCUGGUCUGCAGCUUUUGUUGUCAUCCUGGAAAAGGUCCAUCUUGCCAGGGAUUUGCGGCAUUCUUGCUGGUGCCCUGUAUCGUCUCAAUGUUUUCCGCAUCCGAAAGGCGAAGUUUCCAGCACCUAUCUCUUCAUUCUUUUCACGGCUACCAGGACUGUCUAUGGGAAGUCCACGUGUCUCACCAACUAGGAAUGUCGUGGGAAAUAUUCCAUCCUUCGCAAGUCACCAGCGAAACUAUACUUCAGUACCUUCCACCGUAGAGCUAUCAGAGGAAUCUGUUGCAACCCUUGUUUCAAUGGGCUUUGACAGGAAUUCCGCUAGACAAGCACUAGCACAGGCUAGAAAUGACGUCAAUACAGCAACAAACAUCCUUCUUGAAGCUCAGUCUCGCUAAUUGUUUAGAGAAGUUAUAGUGAUGCUACUUGAACUCUGUUAAUUAAGUUCAGGGGGAGGAGUUGAUUGGUGACGAGAUCUGUGACCUCCAUGAUAGGCAUUUGACGAGUCGGUCAAUCUUCUAACAGGAGCUUCUGAAUGUUCUCGCCCAUGUCGGUCUUGGGACUUUCCCUUCAGCGUAGAUCCUUCGGUCCUAUAAGCGGUAGGCAUUUAUUUGCAGCUGAAAGCAAUUCACACACAGUAUGACUGUUGGGAUGAAGCCUAGAUGGAUUUCACCCAGAAUCAUGACAUGGUUAAUUAUUAUAUUUAGAAGAAAGCUCUAUGGAGAAAACUGUGUACAGUAUUUAUCUAAUUAAUUCUUGUCUUCAACCAGUAAACAAGACAUUCCUCGGGUUGUUGUUUUCUAGACGGCACAUAGUGGUCAGUAGUAAAUGUGCCUUGUUAAUAGGAUAUUCAAGUGUUAAGGACGAUUAUGCUGUUGACUGAUAGUGGUUGAAAUUGGAAAAGGGUGUUUCGUGGCCCGUUGGAA